AUGAAGAAAUGCUGCUUAGGCGUUGCAAGCUAUCCAGAUCAUACUUAAUGCAGCCAGGCUCCGUCCUUUAAAAACAGCGCAGUUUGCUCCAUUUUCAGCCUGAUACUCCUCUCCACCCUCGAUCAUUUCCUCGAGCCCACACCCCACUACUUAUUUGUCAACGAGUCCGCCAAAUACAAGUUACCGAAACGACAUGGGCAUCCCGGGCGGGUUCGGCUCUACCCUCGUCUGUGGUUCGGUCUCUGCUAUGUUAUAUGGCACGAUGACUCUCCAGGGGACUUAUGUGUAUUACAUGCACUACUCUGAGGAUGUUUCGGCCAUGAAAUUCUUGGUUGCUACCUUAUGGGUUCUCGACACCCUACAUGUCUCUUUCAUGUCUCAUAUGUUGUAUCACUACUUGAUAAUCAAUUACGGCGUUCCAACGACUUUGGAGUAUAUUGUGUGGUCAUUCCCAGCAUCACUUCUGGUGAAUUUAUUUGUGACUUGUGUGGUUCAUUUUUUCUUCGCACAUGUAAUAUAUUGCCUUUGCCGUCGUCAAGCGAAACGGUUGGUGGUCGUUCCAAUCUUGAGUCCAUUCGCUUGUGACAGAAAAAUGCCGUGCAGUGACAGGGUUGCAACAGAUCCCGGCAGUGCUAGUUCACUUCGGUGGGUUUUUAUUGAGCUUGAGAGGCAUCUAUAAAGAUAUUUCAACAGGCUUUGGCAUGGGUUUGUCCUUUUCUUUUCCAUCACGAGAGGCCUAUUCUAAUUGAGAAGCAGAGGCGGUUAUUCUGAUGUGUGGCAACCUGUCCAGCCCUCUGCACAAAAAUACUGGAAAUUGACCUUUCAUACAUAGGAUCAUCGAUAACAACAGUA